CACACACUUCACAAGAUGCAGAUGUGGAGCCACAUGAGGGCCCACAAAGGAGGCCCUCCACCACCGUAGGUCACUCUCAAGUGUCCUGGAUGUGUGUCUCCAUCAUUUCCUGUCUGGAUCCACACUGAGGUGAACUACACCAGUGAUUCUCCACCAAUCCAAUGGCUCCUUCUCCACCACAGUCCCCCUGCGCCUGUGGAUCCUCCACAUAGAGGCCGAGGACCCCGAGGACUUGAGUCAUGUAACCACCCUGAAAUGUCUUAAAGCUUUAAUUUAUCUGUUUUUGUAUUUAUUGUGUGUGUGUGUGUUUGUGUGUAUAUAUAUAUAAGUGGUCCAUUUUUUUUUAAAUUUAGCUUUGAGCUACUUCAAAGGCCAGUUUUUAAAAACUUCUUAUUAUAGUAUUUGAUUUGUUAUUAUAGUAUUUGAACGCUGACAUUUCAAUUGUCGUAGUAAAAGCUGUAUUUCUUUAUUCUGCUGCUGUAACUUCCAAGGAGAAGCUGUGAGACUUGACUGUGCCCAGACAGGUAUUUAAACACACACACACACAGGAGAAGGCUUCAUCAUGGACAGGCCCAUCAGCAAGUUACUGGAGAAGUUAAAGCUCACAGACUCGGGCAGUGUGAAAUUCAACAGUUCCAAGAAAAAACAGGACUCUGCCAACAACUCCAAUAACAGCAACGCCAACGCUGGCAUCCCUGGAGGAGGAGGAGGAGGAGGAGGUGGUGGUGGCGGGGGCAGCGGUCUGCCACCAGCUCCCGGCUCUGCAGCUGCCUCGCCCUCCAGACCUGGCCAGUUCCCGCUUGCCUCUGCAACCACAAGUGAUGCAUGUGUUCCAGCGAGUGGGAGGGGAGGAGGGGGAGGCAUUCCACCCCCUCAGCUCCUCACCUCACCACAGACUUCCGUCACAGUGGGCACCAUAUCUUCAGAUGGGGAGCAGCAGCUUCACCCCUCCACCUUGGCACCGUUGAGGCGUCGCUCCCCCCAGCAGCGAGCUUCCUGUUACCUGGGGGAAGGUGUGGAUUCCCACAUGAGGCGGGAGUCUGGCCUGGGCCCCGAGUGUGACCCUAUGGGGACGUUUGGAUCCAGGACGUCCCUGAAUCAGCGCCGCUACUCCCUGGAGCUGCAGCAGCUGGUCAAACGACAGCAGCUCCUCUCCCAGCCGCCUCCUCUCUCUGUGCCUCCACCGUACCCUGCCGCCGGGGGCUAUGGGUCGGCCCCCAGAGGUGGUCUGGCUGAGACCGGGUACCUCUCUGAGCAUGAGAGGCACAAGCGUCUCUCUCUUCAGGAGGCUCUGUUCUACAAACGCCUGAGCACAGGUAGUGAACUAUGGGAGAGCCCCAGGCCUGCGUCCCUCUCUCAUCCACCACAUCGCCCCUCUGAUGUGACUGGAGGAGGUGUAGGAGGAAGCUUCUUCUACCCUCCAGGGCCGACUGGGAGCCCAUGCUCGUCUUUCAGCCUCCAGGAGUCGGUGCUGGUCAGCCCCAGGUCCAGCUUCGCCUCGAGCACGGCCAGCGGCGGCGGGGGUGGGAGCCCCAUGGGGAGCCGCUGUAGCAGCAACCGGACCAGCGGCAUCAGCCUGGGCUAUGACUCCCGGUACUCUGCCUCUGGAGGACUCCCUCCACAGCAGCCGUCCCCCUCUAUGCAGUCAGGGAUGUGUGUGGCUGGUUACGGCGCCCCAGGAAGGGCUGGGGUUACCCCUGUAGAGGCCUGGACUCAAUACCUGGACGGAGGGAUGCGUGCAGGGGCCCACGAUAGUCGACACUCUUACCCACCUGCUGUAGGAAGCCCAGCGGCUGCAUGUUACCAGGGUGGCCCAGAGUGGUGGGAUGAGCAGCAGGUGGGGGCGAGAGGCAAAGAGGGGGGUGUGAUGGGAGAGAGGGCCCGCUACUCAGACCUGCCCGGCACCCGCUACCAGGAAGAGCUCACCCGACUUCUACUGAGAGAUGCAGCGCUGGAGGGCGAGGGGCUCCUGGAGGGCCUGAUGCUGAAAGAGCAGUCCCUCGCCCUGACGGCUCUCUCCAAACCGAGCUCAGCGACACUGGGGCCUUCGUCAGCUGGGGGGCCCGGCAAACCUCAGGAGGACCCUGGAGUCGGACCUGGACGGGAGGCCACGGAGAACCGCCAGGAGUACUUUGGAACCUGUGUGAAGUGUGGGAAAGGCGUGUACGGGGCGGACAACGCCUGCCAGGCUCUGGACAACCUCUAUCACACACGCUGCUUCACCUGUGUGUCCUGUGGACGCACCCUGAGAAACAAGGACUUCUACAAUGUCAGUGGCUCUGUGUACUGUAAAGAGGAUUACAUGUUUUCGGGAUUCCAGGCUGCUGCUGAGAAGUGUAGUGUGUGUGGCCACCUUAUUCUCGAACAGAUCCUUCAGGCUCUCGGGAACUCGUACCAUCCCGGCUGUUUCCGCUGCGUGGUUUGCUCCAAGGCUCUGGACGGCGUGCCUUUCACCGUGGACCAGCACAGCAACAUCUACUGCGUCGCAGACUACAACAAGACUUUUGCCCCCAAGUGUGCUGCCUGUUUACAACCCAUCCUCCCCACUGAGGGCAGUGAAGAGAUCCUCAGGGUCGUGUCUAUGAACAAGGACUAUCACUUUGAGUGUUAUCACUGCGAGGAGUGUUGCAAGCAGCUCUCCGAUAAGCCCGGCUCGCAGUGCUUCCCCCUGGACUCUCAUCUCCUCUGCCACUCCUGUCACAUGAGCAGAGUGUGCACCAACACCACACACAACAUUCCCCCUCACAACACACACUGAUCAGCGUCUAUGCAGCUAACGGGUGUUUUGAAAAAGCUGGUGGUGACGUGUCGUCAGUUCCACUCAGUCAUACGUCGUUUUUUUGUUUCCUUCCCGGAGAUGAAACUGCUGAUAUUGAGACAUUUCCACUGAUUCCCUCGGAUCAGUCCCCUUGUGUCACAUGUACUGCCUGCUGUACUUCUUGUACUAUUACUGUAUCAUAGUUAUAAGGGAACGAAACUCCUGCUUUUUUUUUUUUUUUACCCCAAUGUGGCUACUGUUUGCUGUAGAAGAACAAGGGAUUUUGCUAAACUGUUUUUUUGCUAAAACAUUUUGCACUUAAAUUUGACUUAACUGUAAGAGAUUUGUUACGUGAAUCUGUACAAUUUGGGGAAAAAACAUUUACUUAAUUUCUGUAUGUUGUAAUAAAUAUUUCAUUUUUUGUGUUCCGACAACAGAUGAAGAAUUUGUAGCAGAGGGUUUUCAACAAGUACAAUUUAAGACCAUAAUGAAAGAAAUGUAAAACGAAGGAAAGGCGGAUGUUCCAUAUUGGUUUUUAUUGCAUGCUGCCAAAAUCACUCUUUAAGAUUCUAAAGCACAACAGCAGCAGCGUGAAAUGAGCACUCACCUAAAUGUAUAAUGACGUAGCUCAUAGUGUCUCGACAGAUUUAACUUUUUAAGGCAUAAAAUUCAAGAUCAUUGAAUUGAACGACCCCGUGGAAACCCUGCAAUGUUCAGAAUUGCAAAAUUAAAAGCCUCGUUCAAAGCUUUUCCCUCUAAGUGAUAAAAGGAGGAAUUGAAUGGGUUCUGCGCCAAGUUUCUUGAAAAUCCACCUGGCAGUUUUUGAGUAAUCUUGCUCAAACAAACUGACGAGUGAAAACACAACCUCUCUGGCAGAGGAUAGAUAAUUGUUUAAGUAAUUGCCGAGUGGAACUUUUGAAACAUUCACAGCUUCUCAAGGAGAAAAAUGUGCUGCUGACAUGACAUCAUUAAAAUAAGCAAUUGGAAUAAAUCUUCAAGUAUUUUCACUAUUGUCUGACAAUUUAAAAAUAAAGAGACGAUCAAAACACGAUAAGAAAAAAAAAGACAUCCGGCAGAGAAGCUGAUAACCAAUUUAAAUUUUAUUCAUUUUUAAGUUCUCAGUACAUUCAGCACUUGCAGGAGGAGAAGAAGCAACAAAAUCAAAGUGUUUCAAACCAAAAAACUAAAUUAAAAAUAUUAAAAUUGUAACUACUACUCUAUUAGAAGAUAAACCUUUUAUUUUUUGUUUUUUUUUCCUCUUAAAUAUAUAUAUGAUUGAAAGGUGGUGGGAGGGAUUCAUAAUUGGAGACUUCAGUGCAGGGAAGGUCAGCUUCCUGUAAUAUUUACAGAAUAACCCUCCUCUUGAAUUCCAUCCCAUCCUUGUUAAUCAACCACUUAAGAUCAACUUGGGCGUUUGCAUCGUCUCCUGCACCAUCACAACAUUUACUACCACAUCUCUUUCUAUCGCUUUUUUCUACGUUACAGUAUGAAGAGACUUCAGGAAUCAGUGGGAGAUGAAGGUUCAAAGGUCACCUGCUUUAACACACAAACUUCCAAAGGCAGACAAAAUUAACAAGAUGCAUAAAACAAAUCAACUUUCCUGACGGUGACGACAGCCUGUGACUCUAGUCGUAUAUGUAU